AUGCUGAUAGGGAGAUCCAAGCAACAAGUUUUUGGAUACAUCAAAGCAAAGGUACAAGACAAGCUGCAAGGAUGGAAGAGGCAUUUGCUGAGCCCACCAAGAAAAGCGGUACUUAUAAAAUCUGUGGCAAUGGCACUUCCUACCUAUACCAUGUCUUGUUUCAAACUCCCAAAAGUGCUUUGCAAAGAUAUAGGUAAAAUGGUAGCAAAGUUCUGGUGGGGCAAUGGAGAAAGCAAAAGGAGGAUGCACUGGACUAGCUGGGAAAAGAUGUCUCAUGUGAAAGGAAGAGGGGGGCUCGGAGUUAGAGAUAUAGAGAAAUUCAAUGAUGCCCUCUUAGCCAAGCAGCUUUGGAGGAUGCUCACACAACCAAACCUACUUGUAAGUAGGGUGAUGAGGUCAAAGUAUCUAGGAAGAGCACAAGAUUGGGAUAAAGACCCUCCAAAAGCAUCUUCUUGGAUAUGGAAGAGUCUAAUGGGAACCAGGAAGCUGUUGAACAAAUGA